AUGUCAGGAGGCUUCAACUUGGUCAACACACUUCUUUUCCCGGCACCAGAAGCAAGUUAUGAUCUCCACACAUUUCCGGAGGAGGAACUCAUAUGGUUGCCACGCAGUCUGGACCCAGAAGAUCCAAACGUCGAGGCCAAUGUUCCGUGCCUGUUCUUGACAUCCAACUCUGCGAGAUUCGUCAUGCUGUACAUGCACAGCAAUGCGGAGGACCUCGGGCGCUGCUACAACUUUUGCAAUAUGCUGCGCAUGCAGUUCCAGGUGAAUGUGCUUGCUGUCGAGUACCCGGGCUAUGGAAUUUGUCCUGGUGGACAGGCAGACGAGGUGUCAGUGAUUGAGAACGCCAAGUUGGCAUUUCGUUUCGUCACGGAGGUUCUUCGUUAUCCGUCCGAGGACAUAAUCGUACUGGGUCGAUCUGUGGGCAGUGGGCCAGCCCUUCACGUAGCAGCGAUGGCCAAGACAUAUGGGGUGAUUCUGAUUUGUCCAUUCCUCUCAGUGAAAGAAGUGGUCCGCUGUCACUUAGGGCGUGUGGCGGACUUGAUCGAAGAGCGAUUUCCAAACAAGGAGAAAAUCAAGGACAUUUCUGGAUUUCUGCUGAUCGUGCACGGGAAGAAGGAUACAGUUGUUCCUUGGACCCACGGACAAGAGCUCUUUGAGACCUGUACCCGAAGAAAGCGUCUGGUCACGCCAGAAGACAUGACGCACAAUGCAAGUCUGCUGACGGAUCCUGGCGUGUUCAUUAUGCCGGUCCUCCAGUUCUUCGGGCUGCCUGAUUACAGCUUCGAGCCCCUCAGGAUUCCAAGUUGGGUGUUUGAUGCGACUCUCACUCCGACGGCCUUGAGAACCGACCGCAAGGCGGUGGCGCCGAAGAGACAGGGGGCGGCUUGCAACGGACACCGCCCUGCUCCAAAGACGCAUUCUCGCCUCAUUGCAGGUUCGCCGCUAAAGCAGCUUUUGGGCAAUUCCGUGGAAUCUGACAGCGCGAACACCACCGCUGAUGCUGCGGUCCAGAUGUUCCUGGAUUGGCAAGACUCACGCUCCCGGCCAUUGCAGUCCGGAGGCACCUACAGCAAGGUGGCAGAUGAUUUGCCAAAGCCUCCUGACGACGACGGCUUUUUCAAGGUGCCGAAAUCUCACAAUGCUGGGCCAACCUUGACAGCACCGGUCGCCCAGCCGCCCCUUCUUGGCUUCUCUGUGGAGUUCCUGUGCGAAGAUUUUCCUUGGUUGUUGUGGCUCAAAGGUCCCCGAGGAGGCGCUUUCAGCGGCAUUUUCCUUCAUGACAAUGCGGCAGCAAUGCUGAUGCAUGCAGAGAAGAAGCAAAAAGGUUGUGAGAAGUCAUGCCAGGGCAGGGAGAGAUAUGGCAUCGCUGCGGCGGUGUCCUGGAUGCGGGCCAGGACACGAGUCUUGGCGAAGAAGAGGCAGCAGGGGGUGGGAUUCGUUUCGCUCGACGACGACUACGAUGAAGGCGUGGCAUCUCCCAAAGUUGGGUGGUUCUUGUUCGUGGCGACAGUGGCGGCCAGCCAGGUUCUGUCCGUCCAUGAGCAGGACCUGCAGGUCGCAGCUGUGCUUCACGCAGUGCACAGGCAGCGUGUGCAGCAGGGCAUUCGAGCUAAACAGUUGGAGGUCUGCAGGGGCCGCUCUGUUGAGGAGCGUGAGCUGCGCAAGGCACUGGGAAGGGCAGAGAUGCUGAAGCCUGCCGACUGCCGAAGCCUGUUUGCAGGUGUGGUGUGUCUUGAAGGAGAGGAGGAUCCAAAUGGCCGAGGCAGCCUUUCCGAGCAACGACGGUCCGGCCACGCCCGAAUGUCAAGGGCUCCCGAGACGGAGACGACGACAGCCCUGUGGACGGUCGGCCUACAGAGCUGUCGGUGCAUGGAGUUUGGGUGUGGUGCCAUCAGCGCCAGGGGAGCUGGGCUCCUGGAUGACCACAGAGGAGGAAGAGGAUAUUUACAGAGAUGUCGAAGAAAGUGGAGAAACGAACGUCUUGGUGGCGUUUUUGAAGGCAAGCCGUAUAUUCCGAAGAACUCCAGCGAGCUCGCUGAUCGGCUGCUUCCCGAGGAGGUGGACCCCAUGCAGCAGGCAUCCACAGAUGCCAGGGUGCAUCUUCACACUCGGCUAGAAUACACCGCAUCGCAGUUCGUACAUUACACAAGACUCUUGGUUGCCAUGUCGGAGUCUGAAUCUGAUGUGCACGAUUCGCUUGUCCCUUGGAAGUUUUCCUUAUCGCAGAGCAUCGUGCCCCCGAAGAUUCUGGGAGAGCUCCGGCGUGGGCAAGCAGAAGAACACUGGUGCGAGCGUGCCUGCUCUGCGAGUGGCAGUGUGCCUGUGACGGUAUUGCGAUCGUGGGGCAAGGGCUAUGGGCUGUUCUCUCAGAAAGCUGAUGGUUAA